AUGACUUCUGUCGUUGCAUUCGCCGCUGGAAAGGUGGUCUCGGCCGUCAGCACCGUCAGCGCCUUCUACAGCGAGGUCAACCCAGCUACAUUAUCUGGUGCCAUCGAUGUCGUAGUGGUACAGCACCCAGAUGGCGAACUGGUGUGCUCCCCGUUUCACGUGAGAUUUGGCAAGCUCAAGCUUUUGCGGCCCCACGAUAAGGCGGUCGAGGUUAGCAUCAAUGGCAGGCCAACCGACCUUCUUAUGAAGGUCGGAGAAGCCGGCGAAGCUUUCUUUGUCGUUGAGACGGAUAAUCCGGUUCCCUCUGAAUAUGCGACUUCGCCAAUCCAGCAACCAUUGAAGCACGAGGUGAAUGUUGAACCUCUUGACCUAAACGCCACGACUAUCCCGGAGACCGCCGCUGCUAACGGCGAACCCAUCACACCCACUGCGAACGGCUAUGUCAGUGCCCAUGGAUCAGAUAUUGGUGAGGACGAAUACCCAGUCACAGACGCCAGCCAGGGCGCCACUGCUGGGUCAAUCGAGAAUAGACAGAAUGGAGACAGGCUAAACACGUCAGAGGCUCAUGCCAAGCCUGCGUCAUCGAAAGCUUCCGCGAAGGGAUCAGAGCUACCCAUCGACGCGGACGAUACAGGGGAUCAACUCCACCCGCAACAGAAUGCCCUGCUGAAUGGAGCCACUUCUGACAGCAACACGGACACAAGCAGGCAUCUUCGGCGAUCAUCCAAAUCUUCAGGGAAAACAAAAGGAUCGGACCGCCCCAUUGAUGCAGAGGACGUAACACAAUCGUUUGCCGCUGAUGCCCAUCUUGUCGGUAUGGUGCAGGGGGAAAACGACAAGGACCCGAAUCAAGAUGGAGUCGUGGAAACAGCUCCAUCCGUAGUGGACGAAUCUGAUCCAGUAGGUGCCAGUUUGGGGAGCGAGUCUAAGCAAGUGGAUAUAGAGAGGUCGACGACUGUACAUAUCAGAACUAUUGAUGAGAUCAAUCUGGACGGCUCUAUCUUCACUUCGCAGGUCGUAUCCGUCGAAGCCGAAGAAACUCAAAAGCCCACCAAAGCUGAGCAACCUGCGGAAACUCCUGCGUCUUUGGCCCAAGCAAGCCCACAGACAGCCGCGGCUCUGCCAGAGAUCCUGGUGGAGAGUCAUGCUCCCAGCGCAUUACCCACACCCAGCUCUGUUCUGACCGACGACCCAAUGGUUAAGACCGCCAAGAACGUAAACGCCGCUCUCGGAUCACAUGUUCCCGUUGUUCCCCUUCACGCACAUGUGCUCUCUACAUCGAAACUUUCUAAACCGCCGGUGCCGCAAGUGGAACUGGAAAAGCCCAAAUUGCCCCAUUCAAAGUCCCUCCCUUUCGCAGCGGAUUCUGGUGAGCUGAAACGUGGCGGCCAUAGUCGAGCAUCGUCAAUGCAGAUGAUUCAGGAAGUCUCUGCAGACAAUGGUACUACUGUUAUAGUGACUGAGAACGAGGAAGGCACACAAAUGCCGGGAGGUUAUAUUAAGCGAGCUAAUACAGGCCCCUUAAGUGACACCGAAGUCGAGUAUAAGGACUAUGAGGCAGAAAAGAAGGAGCAGAGAAGGCGAGGAUGGAGUUGGCGAUGGGGCGGCUUGCCCAAAAAGAACGCGGACGAUAAGGCGGAUGACGCAGAGACUCCGCUGCGAAGAGAUAGAACAAAGAGCGCUGAACCCCUAUCAUCUAUGUCGGUCGAUGAAAAAGUCAACAGCUAUUUGGCAGGCUUGCCAAAUCGGUCGUUUUCCCCUGACAGGGCAGGAUCCCCUGAACUUGUUUCGGAACCUGCUCAAUCACCCGAACCUGCUGCUGUACCCCAUGAGUCAGACCUUGCCAAUGGACCCGAGGUGCCUUUGAGCUUUGCUUUUAAUGCUGAUGUGGACAUGGAGAUGUCACUUUGUGGAUAUGACAAAAUGCGCUCUGUUCAGCCAGAGGAAGGGGAAGAGUUAUUCCAAAAGAAUCUCAUCACCUUUGAGUCAUUCUGUAAAAACCCAGAAUUGUUGAUGGACCCGAAUUUGGUGUUCAGGAUCAACGGCAAUUACUACAGCUGGGCGAUGGCGGGCCCAAUGCUCAUGGCCAACAUAGCGUUCAAGAAACCUCUUCCGGAGGACCUUGUACAACGGCUUGCCCAACAGCAGGGACCAGGCCAAGCGACCGCUGACAAUCGUCGGUACAGUUUCAACCAAUUGAAGUCAUGGUGGAGCAGGUCUUCGUCCAGCAAAAUUACCAACAUCGAUCCGGAGGGCAAAGUAAAAGUAGAGACCGAUGUCAAACUGGAGCGGAAAGAAAAGGCAACCGUUCCACAGGAGCCUCCUAAGCAACCUGAAUCGCCUGUGCAGGAACAGAAAUUUCCUGCCAAGUUUGCCAAAUCGUUGCGAUUGACAUCUGAGCAACUGAAACACCUCAAUUUGAAUAAAGGAGCAAACACUAUCACCUUCUCUGUCAACCAAGGAGGCGCAAGCGUUUCUGCCAAACUCUUCCUCUAUGACUAUACCUGUAAGAUUGUGAUUUCUGAUAUCGAUGGUACAAUUACCAAGUCUGAUGCUCUUGGGCACAUUUUCACAAUGGUCGGAAAGGAUUGGACCCACUUGGGGAUUGCCAGUCUGUACACCAACAUUAGAAAGAACGGGUACCACAUACUGUAUCUGACAUCUCGGGCCAUUGGACAGGCUGGUUCCACACGAGAAUAUCUUGCCAAAGUAGAACAGGGAGGCUAUCAGCUUCCCGAAGGGCCUGUCAUCAUGUCACCUGAUCGGCUCUUUGCCUCUUUCCAUCGUGAGGUCAUCCUACGCAAACCUGAAGAGUUCAAAAUGGCGUGUCUGCGUGACAUCAAACGCUUAUUUGGAGAUAGGACGCCGUUCUAUGCUGGAUUUGGAAAUCGAAUCACGGACGCACUAUCAUAUAGAAGUGUAGAUGUCCCAUCGUCGCGUAUUUUCACAAUUGACCCAGCCGGAGACGUAAAGCUAGAGUUGUUGGCUGAGUACAAGUCUUCAUACGUCAAACUGAACGAUAUUGUUGACCAAAUAUUUCCCCCUAUAAACGGUGGUGGCCUCGUCACUCCAGAGUUCAAUGACUGGAACUAUUGGAAGAGUGACUUGCCUCAUAUUGAGCUCCCUGGUGAAGCCAGUACUGACGCAGAGAUGGAAGCCAAACAGGAAGAGGAGGUUGAUGAAGAGCUAGACGAUGAAUAUGAAGAUUCCGAUGACGUGUCAGAAUUCUACGAAGAGGACGAAGAGGAGGAGGCUGAUACAGGAGGAUCAACUGCGGAUGCGGCCAAGCUUGCGGAUGCCAUGCCAGUAUCCGAUAAUGCGGCUGAUACUGCCGUAAAGGCUUUGGAGGAGCAAGUUGAAGAGGAGGAAGAUCCGGGUGCUUGGCGAGGUUAA